UUUGGCAAUUCUAUCCACCACCACCAACACAGCAGCAGCAGCAGCUCUCCCCUCUCUCUCUCUCUCUCUCCAGUCCGUCGCUGCGUAAAAACCAUCCGCCGCGCUGCGCAUGGAAAUGUAGCUGUUUUUACGCACGGCGUCGUCUCCAAAAAAAAGAUGGACCUAAAAUCCGAGCUCCUCAAGUCCAUCUGGUACGCGUUCACGUCGCUGGACGUGGAGAAGUGUGGCAAAGUGUCCAAGUCCCAGCUGAAGGUGCUUUCACACAACCUGUACACUGUGCUGAACAUCCCACACGACCCUGUGGCUCUGGAGGAGCACUUCCAGGACGAUGACGAUGGGCCGGUGUCCAAUCACGGCUACAUGCCCUACCUCAACAAAUAUAUACUGGACAAGGUCAAAGCGGGGAUGUUCGACAAGGAGAAGUUUGACGACCUGUGCUGGAUGAUGACCAUGAAGAAGAACUUCAGGGGGAUACCACAGGGUGCGCUGCUAUCGGAGAGAGACUGUUUCAAGCUCUUCUGUCUAUUCAACCUCUUGUCCGAGGACCGCUACCCGCUGGUGAUGAUCCCAGAGGAGGUGGAGUAUCUCCUCAAGAAAAUCUCCACUGCGAUGAGCGAGGAGUGGGACGGGAAGCUCCUGGAGGACUUGAUAUCCCAGGAUGCCACGCUGCUGGAGGAGGGCAUGUCUGUGUGGACGUUCCUGGAGCGGAUGAUCACGGGCCAGCUGCUGAGGGUCACCAGUGCCGAGGCCUUCAGUCUGGCUCUGCACCAGGUCUUUCUGGAGAUGUACCACAACGUCCUGAAGAGGGGUUAUAUGUGGAAAAAGGGGCACGUGCGUCGGAACUGGACGGAGCGCUGGUUUGUGCUGAAGCCGUUCUCCAUGGCCUACUACGUCAGCGAGGACCUGAAAGACAGGAGAGGAGAAAUCCAGCUGGAUAAAAGCUGUAUCAUAGAGACUCUUGCAGACAGGGAGGGGAAACGCUGUCUGUUCUGUGUGAAAACCCACAAUAAAACUUUUGAGAUGAGUGCGUCCGACCAGAGGAAGAAAGUGGAGUGGACUCAGGCCAUUCAGACAGCCCUCCGUCUCCAGGGCGAGGGCAAGUCCUCCCUUCACCACGAGCUGAAGCUGAAGCGACGGGUCCAGCGGGAGCACAGCCAGCGGGAGCGCAGCCGGAGCUCCCGCAGCAGCUGCAGCAGCCAAUCGGACGACUCCAACAUCCAGGAGAUGGAGCGGAUGGAGAAAGAGAAAGACAAACAGGACCUGGAGAUUGAAAGCAUCAUCCAGCAUGCACGGGAACUGGAGAGCAAGCGAAGGGAGGCGGAGGAGAUAGAAAGGAGGAGACAGAGGGAGGUGCAGAUGGAGCUGGAGAGGCAACUGAAAGAGGCUGAGAUGUUGAGAGACAGCAUGCAGGCGGAGAUGCACGAGAAGGAAAAGGAGGCUGAGCAGCAGAAGAGGAGGAUUCUGGAGCUGGAGUUGACGCAGCAGAAAUUGGAGGGAGCGCUCAAUGUGGAGAUCCAGGCUCGGCUGGAGGAGGAGAGGGUCCGACAGGAGCUGGAGAGGUUGCUGGAGGCUGAGGAGGAAAAGAAGAGGCAGUGCCAGCUCCUGCAGGAGCAGCAGAGGGAGCAGCAGGGCGCGAGCCCCGUAGAGGAGGUCUCCGACGUUAGGACGGAGGAGGAGACCCCCUCGGCCCUUUCCUCAGCUUCGCAGGAGCUCCAGGAUUUGCAGGCGUCUCGCCAGAAGAGCCACAAGCGCCUCGAGGAGGUUCAGGAGAAGCUGAGGAACGCCACUCAACAUGUGCGGCACUGGAACGUCCAGCUGAACCGCCUGAUGACGCCCAUCGCUCCUGGAGAGUGUUUGGGGCAACGCCUGUCGUCCAAACCAGUGUGUCCCAAACAGGAAGGAGCGCUGGCGAGUAACGAGUUCAUCACUAAACUCAAGAAACGAUCAGAUCAGAUCGAACAGAUCGAUCACAUGACAGAGGACGACCGGACGCUGGAGGAUUACAUGGAGGCCGCCCACCUGUCGGACGGAUCCGAGGAAUCACAAGGAAAACCCAACGGACAAAUGUGAUAACCAUGCUGACUGUUUUCUAUUGAACAAUUCCAAAAUGUUAAAACUAAGAAGAAUGUGUAGGACUGUGAGUGGAGGCAGACUCGUCAUGUAGAGAAUCUGCAGAAAGCAUGGUAAUAUAUUUAUAUUCAGAGGUUUACCCUGAGAUGAUGGAGAACAAUGAUGACGAGCUCAAUGUGAUGCUGGAUUCAAUAAAGACCCAUUUGACUGAGAUCAACAGAGAUGUACAGUUUUGUACAAUAAAGUUUAUUGCUGAACAAUAAAACUUGAUGAUUUUC